AUGAAUUCCACUAUACAAGCCUGGUUGAAGACUGGAUCCUAUGCUGUUAGGGCUGUAUGCUUUGUUCACAUAAUACAUACCUAUGUCUAUGAAUUUACAGAGACAAGAGGUGAGUCGAUGUUACCAACACUAGCUGCCUCUAAUGACUACGUACAUGCCUUUAAGAAAUAUAAGGAUGGUAAGAAUUGUAAGAUGGGGGAUUGUAUAGUAGCAGUUAAACCAAGUGAUCCAGAUCAUAGAGUCUGCAAAAGGAUAACUGGUAUGCCAGGAGAUGUCAUAUUAGUAGAUCCAAGUAUGGGUACUCAACUAGAUAGACUACCGAGUGAUGUAGACGAAAUUGAUGAGGACGAAAACUUUAAUACAUAUAUUAAAGUUCCAAAGGGUCAUGUUUGGGUUACAGGAGACAACCUUUCACAUUCUUUAGAUUCAAGGACUUAUAAUUCCUUGCCUAUGGGGCUAAUAAGAGGUAAGAUAGUGGCCGCUAAUGAUUUUAAUCAACCCUUCUGGAGUGGAUCCAAAGGCAAUUUCUGGGGAUUUAGAAAAAUCGGCAACAGUUUUGUAAAUGAAGAUUGA